AUGACUAAACUUGAUUCAACCGUGGAAACUGGUUUACAUUCAUCGACUGCCAUAAACCUGUUGGAGGGAUAUAAAAAGGACUCUAACAAGAGUCCCCUGCUUGAAGAUGGCCUUCCUCGUGUACAGCUCCAAGAUCAACAUGGACAAAAGGCGGUAUUGAAGAAUGUCUUCGCUUUGGGCGACAAUGCUGUGCUAGAGACCGGAGCUCCUUGUGCGACGGCAUAG